ACUUUACCAAACAAACAAUUUUUACAUCACAUUUGACCAGUAGGUGGCGGAGCGCGACUAUUUUGUGCCUCAAUUCAACACGUAGAAGAAGUACAACGCGCAUGCGCAGUUUGUUGACCUUCUGUGGCAAGCAUGGCAGCCCGGGCGCUGACGAGAGGACUUUUGGGUUUAAGACACUGCCAAGCGGUCUCGGGUGUAUCUUACUGUGGUGGGCAUCAGUAUGUUACCGCAGCAUCCGCCAAUUCUCCGCAACUGCACAUUGAUGAAGUUACAGAAAAAAUAUUAAACGCACCACUUGACAAGCCGGACUUUUUUCGUGUCUCAGAGCUCUUCUCAUUGAAAGAUCUUUUCGAGGCCAGAGUGCACCUCGGUCAUAAAAAAGGGUGCAGACACAGGCUUAUGGAACCUUACAUCUAUGGCUGUCGUUUGGACCACGACAUAAUUGAUCUGGACCAGACUGUGGAACACCUUCAGCAAGCUCUGAAUUUCACUGCCCAUAUAGCAUAUCGUGGCGGGGUCAUACUAUUUGUUUCUCGCAGACGUCAAUACAGCCACUUGGUGGAGACUACGGCUAAGGAUUGUGGGGAAUACGCCCAUACACGAUACUGGCAGGGCGGCAUCCUUACCAAUGCCUCUAUCCAGUAUGGCCAAGGAGUCCGCUUACCAGACCUCAUUAUCUUCCUGUCCACACUUAACAACGUAUUUCAGCAACAUGUUGCAAUCAGAGAUGCAGCCAAGAUGAACAUCCCCACUGUUGGCGUGGUGGACUCAAACUGCAAUCCCAGCUUGAUUACAUACCCUGUGCCUGGGAAUGAUGACACUCCAGUUGCCGUGGAGCUGUACUGUCACUUAUUCAAGAUGACCAUCAACCGUGCCAAGAACAACAGGAAACAGAUGGAUAUGAUUCACGGCCUGUCAGCACCAUCCCCUCAAAGCUCAUGAUAUUGUUUACCUUUGAAAUAAGAGACAUUAAAUACAUCCAAAGGCUUUCUUUUGCUCGCCCCUAUCAUAUAUCUUCAAAGUUAAAUAAACUUAAAGUGUAAAUAUA